CCACCAGCAGCGCGCAUGCGCACACCCCCCCGCCCCUCCCGCGGCGCAGCCGGCGCAUGCGCCAUACUCCCUCUCCGCCGCCGGCGCUCACCGCCCUUCGCCUUACGCGCUCCCGCCCGGUGCGGGCAGGUGGGGCCGGGCUCGGCUGCGCCGCGCAUGCGCGGCACGGGGAGGGGCGGGGACUGGCUGCGCCGAGUGCGCAGUUGCCGCCGUAGCGUGGAGCCGCAGAUGGAGCCUCCCCCUGGCGCCGCAGAAAGUUCUAAGCUGAGACAUGUAGAAAAAGAUGUUUUGAUUCCACAAAUAAUGAGGGAGCGAGCCAAGGAGCUGUGUUCAGAGAAAGUGCAAGCGUUUACUAAAUGCUGUCAAGAAACUGGUCUUCUUAUGGUGGUGAAGUGUCGGCAAGAGAACUCAGCACUGAAAGACUGCCUGGUUGGCUACUAUUCCGAUCCAUUAUUCUACGAAGAAUGCAAAACAGAAUAUUUGAAGCAAAGAGAAGAAUACAGAGCAACUGGAAUUAAGAAAAAAAGACAGAAGCUUACUUCAAAUGUGUAGUUAAAACUUAGAAUUAACUUUUCAGAUUUUAUAUCCAAUUUUGAUUUGACUUGAUUUAAACAGACUUAAAUCAUCUGUACCCCUCUGUGUGGAACUUAACCAAAAUAUGCAAAAUGAGAUGAACAGAGAAUAAAAUAAUCUCUGAAUUUGAAAGUAAUUUUUUUCAUUUUCUGUAAUUAAAGCUAUCACAGUUUGCAAGAGAAGUUGCAAAGGUCCCUUCCUCUGUCUGAACCUGAGAUUUCAUUACCAAUUUACAAAUGACCUUUUGGAAUUUAGAGCUUGUGUCUAGUUAAGUGUGACAGGCUACAUCAAAACUUCAGGGGGUAUAACUUAAGCUGUAUUAAUGGAUCAGAAAUUGAAUAUACUUUAAAGCUGGUCUGUUUGUCACCUGAAGCUGAGGGUGUAUGGAGAUGUUCUUGAUGCUCUUAUUAGAAGAGAAGAGUGGCAAAUGCAGAAGAGCUUCUUGGACCAACUUGAUUUAUCUUUUUCAUGAAAAUGUUGAGUCAUACAAGAGCCUGAUAGUACUUUUGCCUACCCUGUGACUCGUUUUCAGAAUUGUCAGAAGAAAUGGAUGCCCUGUGCCCGUGUGUGGUCCAGACUGACUGUUUUAGAGGAGAAAACUCAUCUGAUCUAGACCUUCCCUGUGGCUGGGGGAAGGCACGUUGAAGGCAAAAUCGUGGAGAGCAGUAUCCUGCCUGGCUUUCCUUUUUCAGAGUGAAGCAUUGUAGAAGCUUCCACACUUCAGGAGUGCACUCGCAAAAUUAGUACAGGUAGUGGUGAAUCAACAACUCCACUAGGUAUGUAAGACGCAGGUCUCUUCUUGCAGAAAUUAAGUGUAAGCAAGUCCCUGUGUAAAAAGGGGCAUACAAAGGAUCUUUUGUAUGCUGAUAUGUGACGCUGCCUAAUUGUCAAACUCUCAAAUGCAUGAAUGACUUCACUAGAGAUAGCCCAAAAUAGUAAUAUAAAGUUUUACUCACUUUUUGAAAUUAAAAAAAUUCUUUACAAGUAAGGAAGGGCUGCACUUAGAACACUUACAUGGUAACUGUAAUGGCCUUAUUUUACGAAGUAAAAAAGGUUUUUUACCUAAGUAGUAGGAUUUCUUACUUUUCCUAUCAGAACAUGCAAAAUUUGGCUUACUUUAGUAGUGUUUUACCACAAAACCAGUCCUGCUCUAAAGCUGUUCAGGUAGGAAAUGCAAGUCAGACUUUCAGACACAUGUAUGUGAAAUGCUGGAGUUCAUGUUGCAGAUUAUUCCUUGCCAUUUAUUCUGUGCCAUUCUGUACACACUGUACGUGAAGGACUGGAACAACCCACUUCUGUGCCGAUAACCAAGCUCUGCUGUCAAGCCUGGAAUUGUACACACCGACUGACGCUGCCAACCGUGCGUUUCUCUGUACCUGCACUGUGGGGUGUGUAAGGAAGAACUGGGUUAUUGGCAGCUCCUCCUUUGUUUAGCAUGGCACGCACUUAGCACUGGGCUUUGCCCUUGGCUCUGGCAUCAACUUCCUCUGUAAUACACCCAUGGCCUUAAUUUGUUGUUUCCUAGUUUUGAUUUGAUUUCACACCUUUCACUUCCUUUACGUCUUCUGCUGUAUCCUGUAUUUAAUUGCAUUUACAUCUUGCAUUUAAAUUGUAAAUGAAACAAUGAGUACUGUGAAGUGACAAACUUGAACUAGUAAAUUGCUUUUGGUUUUC